CAGAAAGUAGCAGCUGAUUGUUUUAUCCUGAGUGGACGGCAGAUGUAGAGUACAGAAGGCAACCACUGGGCAAUUUCCAUUUACACAUAGUUAGUAGUUCCUUCAAAUACUGGGUUUUUACUUUAAAGUGCAGUGGUUACGCUUUGCUGUCGACACAACGCUAUGAAGUGACCGUUCUGCAGUAAAUAUGGGUCAAAAAGAAGAAGUCAGAUGCCUUAACAUCCUCACCUACCACAGAGAGCUGCUGGUGUCCAGGUUGAGGAGCAUUCAGUGCAUCCUGGACAAUCUGUUGGCUUGUGGUUUCUUCUGUGAAGAAGAUGUUGAGAUUGUACAGCGAACUGUCACCAAGACAGAUCAGGUUCGCAAAAUCCUGGAGCUAGUUCAGUGCAAAGGGGAAGAGGCCUGUGAAUACUUUAUUUUCAUCAUAUAUAAAGUAUGUGAUGCAUACAUCGACCUCCAGCCAUGGCUGAAAGAGAUCAACUACAACCCAAGUAGUGACAUAAUGGUGAUGCAGGUGGUUAACACUGAUCCCAUCAGCAGGUAUCGUGAGAAGUUGAGGCAUGAAAUGAGCCGUGACACCUGCUUCAUCAUGUCAUAUGGCCAGCAAGAGGAGACCCGUCUGGAGGACCUCUACACUGACACACUGAUGGAACUGUUGAACGAAUGCAAUGAAAGUCUGGGCUUUGUGGAGAGUCUGGACCAGCUCCUAGGAGACCACGCAGUCUUCAAUCCGCAAGGUGAAACCAUCUAUGUGAUGGGGGAUGCUGGUGUGGGAAAAUCCAUCCUCCUGCAGAAGCUCCAGAACCUCUGGUCCAAGAAGGAGCUGCAAACAGACGCCAUCUUCCUCUUUAAGUUCCGCUGUAGGAUGUUCAGCAUCUUCAAGGAAACAGAGCAGAUCUCCCUCAGAGACCUUUUGUUCAAAUACAACUGCCACCCAGAUCAUGACCCAGAUGAUGAGGUGUUUGAUUACAUCCUGCACUUCCCUGAGAAGGUUCUUUUUACAUUUGAUGGCUAUGAUGAGAUUCAGGAGCAUCUAGACCUGAUGAAUGUCCCUGAGGUGGUGUCACCAGAAGACAAGGCACAUCCCCUGCAGCUGCUGACCAGCUUGCUCUGUGGGAAACUACUCAAGAGCUCUCAGAAAGUGUUGACGGCCCGGACAGGGAUUGAGAUCCAGAGUAAGGUGAUCAGAAAGAAGGUGGCUCUGCGGGGUUUCUCCCCAACUCACCUGAUGACCUACAUUGAUUUACAUUUUAAGGAGCAGGAACACCGAGAGCAGGUGUUGACUCAGCUGGAUGCUAGCCCCCACCUCUGUGGCCUGUGCUCCACCCCGCUGUUCUGCUGGAUUGUACUCAAGAGCUUUAGGCAUCUGCACACCAUGCAUGAUAGUUUUCAUCUGCCUGACACCUGCAUCACACUUACUGACAUCUUCCUUCUGCUGACGGAGGUGUUCCUUAGCCGCUCAACCUCACCUGCUCCAUCUCUGCUGAAGAAAAGAACCCGGUGUGCCUCAGAGACAUUCAAAGCAGGGCUCAGGCCGCUGGCUGCAUUUGCCAAGCUGGCACUUCAGGGUAUGGAGAAAGGUGGCUUCAUUUGUAACCAAGAGGAGAUCGCUGCAUGUGGUCUGAGAGAGGACGACCUGCCCCUUGGCUUUCUUAGGCCUGUCAGUGAGUAUGAUGCCAACGGAAGCCCUGCUAACUUUGAAUUCCUCCACAUCACCCUACAGUCUUUCUUGGCAGCGUUUGCUCUUGUUUUGGAUGAGCAGGCUGCUGCUAAUUCCAUCCUCAAGUUCUUCACAGAGUGCAGCAGGAAAAGGGAACCAGUCUGUCUGCUUUUUGACUUCUGUAACUGUUACCCUUCAAAGUCCGGUGAAAAACAACCAUUUGCAACUACUGAGCACCUUCAGUUCACUAAUCUCUUCUUGUGUGGACUGCUGUCCAAGGCUCACACUGGCCUGAUGGAGCACCUGGUAUCUCCUGUGUUACUAAAGAAAAAACGUGCCUUGCUAAAAUCUUACCUGUCCACCAGUGUUAAGUCCCACCUCCGUGGGUUACCCCACUACAGUGGUGAUGAAGGCAAGAAAGUCCAUGUUUUGCCCAACUUCCUGUGGAUGCUGAGGUGCAUCUUCGAGACAGGGAGCAACGACAUCGCUCGGAUGACAGCGAAAGGCAUCACAGCUAACCUCAUCAAGCUGGGCUACUGUAAUGUGUUCUCAGGCGACUGCACUGCCCUUAACUUUGUACUGCAACACCGACAGAACCUCCUGGGGCUUGACAUGGAUAACAACAACAUCAGUGACUAUGGGGUGAAGCAGCUGAGGCCUUCAUUCUGUAAGAUGACAGUAGUGAGAUUGUGUGUCAAUCACCUGUCAGACAGCAGCAUUGAGGUUCUUGCAGAGGAGCUGUGUAAGCACAGAGUUGUUGAGGUCUUGGGGCUUUACAACAAUCACAUCACAGAUGUUGGAGCCAAACUAGUUGCACAGAUAAUUGAGGAAUGCCCAAAGUUGCGAGUUGUCAAGAUUGGUAAAAACAAGAUCACUAGCGUUGGUGGGAGGUAUCUGGCCAGUGCAAUUCAGAAGAGCACCUCUAUAUUUGAUGUGGGAAUGUGGGGGAACAGCAUUGGUGAUGAAGGAGCAGAAGCAUUUGCAGAGGCUUUGAGGCACCACCCAAGUCUUACCAACCUCAGUCUCUCAGCUAACUGCAUCACAUCCAAAGGCGGGAAGUUCCUGACAGAAGCUUUGACAGAAAACAGCAUCCUCAGGAUAUUCUGGUUGGUGCAGAAUGAGUUGACUGAUGAUGCAGCUGCACACGUGGCUGACUUGAUUAAAGCGAACACAGGUUUAACCCACCUCUGGUUAAUAAGCAACCAGUUCACCGUGCAUGGGAUCAAACAGCUCGCUGAGGCACUCACUGACAACACAGCACUCAAAGAGAUAUGUGUGAAAGGAAACCAGCUCUCUGAGGAGGAAGAGAAACAGUUUGUGGCAGAGAAAAGGCUGCGGUUCCACUGACUGGACAUUCACUUACACAUGUAAAGUCUGUAUGAGCCUAAAGAUGUAUUGUGUGUUCACUGUAUGCAUGUUCAGUGUUAGAAUUAGCAAACUGAUCAGGUAUGGUGUUAUACUUUAUGCUUCCAUCUGGCUGCAACUGUUCGGACUGCUGCAGGCACUGUUACACUAUUUGCUUUAAUGGAAAUACUAUAUAUUCAUCACUUGUUGAUGAACCAUUUUUUGCACUAAAGAAACUUUGUUAUUACUAUUUCAAAUAGGGGAUAUUUACCUGCACUUUUAAACAAAAUGUUUGAUAGUUUUACAUGACUGUUGGAAAAAGGAAGCAGAAGCACCGCUGAACAUGAAGAAAGAACAAACUUCCCUCUUCAUGAACAUUUGUAUAGAUUUUAAGUUAAUAUUCUGUUCUAUGUGAAUAUACACUGAUCAGCCAGAACAUUAAACCACAGUGAAUAACACUCAUCAUCUCAUUACAAUACUAUAUGUUAAAUAUGUUCUUUUGUUACUUUGACAUGUAGCACCCACCUAAACAUUGUUGCAGACCAUGCACCCCACCCCCAUCCCCCACCUGGCCAUGGCAACGGCACUGAUGGUAGAGGCCUCCCCCAGCAGGACAGUGCUCCCACCACACCACAAAAACUGCUCCAAAAUGUCUGGAGGAACACGACAAACAGCCCAAGGUGUUGACCUGGUCUCCACACUCCCCCAGAUCCCAGUCUGAUCCAGCAUCUGUGGGAUGAUCCAGAACAAGUCAGAUUCAUGGAGGCCCCACCCCACAACCCACAGGAUCCAAACGAUCCACUACCAAUAUCCUGGUGCCAGACACCACAGCACACCCUCAGAGGUCCCCUGUCCAUGCCCCAGUGGGUCAGAGCUGUUUUGGCGGCACCUACACAGUAUUAGGCAGGUGGUUUUAAUGCUGUGGCUGAUCAGUGUGUACUGUAAACAGUAACUUUAUUUUAUUGUUACACAAGGUGGUGUUUAUUUUCCACAUAGUGGAAAGUGAGUGAGUGAAAGAUGACAACAUUUGUUAUUAGUAUAAUGUUUAUGGUUUGUGUGAUAUAUUUUUGUACAGAUACCCUGGUGGUAAAAGACUGAUGGCCUCUAGUGAACAAAACAUGGAGCAAAUCAAUCAGGAAGACUACACUAUUCAUUAGUUCCUCUAUGCUCCUGAUCAGCUUCUCUCUGCAGCAGAUGUUUUAACUGGUCAUAGCAGGAAAAGCACAGGUGUAAUUACGGAAAUGUACUAUUGCUCUGUUCCACUGAAGUGUUCCCAUUAGCCAUGAGUGAGCAGUGAGCCAGCAUUAGCAACAGUUUUAAAAAAAAAUUUCUUCUGUGAAAUUCCACCUUGAUAAAAUAUAUGAACGUCACUAAUCUCUUCUGGUAACAUCACCCAAAGCUGCCGCUCCUGCCAUACAGAAUCAAAUCUCUCACCAUCCACUUUGUUAAAGGAGCGGUCAAGCAUUUUAGUAUUUCCACUUACAUAAAGUUAACUGUAUUUAAAAAGGAGGAGUCAGAAUCAGAGCAGCAGAGGCUGAGAUAUCUGAUUUAAGUAUGGGUCUAAAUUCCACAUUUCUUAUAAUGCAGUUCCAUAAUGUUUUUCUUUACACUCGUCUUCUAUAGUAAUGAAAAAUUGAUUUUUGAAUUGGACCAUAAUAAUACCAUAUUAAACUUCCCAACAGGCUUAUCAGUGAGGUCCAUGUUGUAUUUGGAAAAAUGAAAUAGAAUACGACACUCAGGCUGAUUCAGUCUCUGGAUUUUUACUUAAAAAUUCUGAUUAGCCUCAAACACAAAAUAACAUGGCAUAAAAAUGCAGUAACUAAAGGAGAGUGAUUGGUAUCCAAAGGAUUCACCCUUAAUUGCUUUUUGUACAUAGCUUUAAGAAAUAUUUGAACAUAUUUUGUUGUGAUUAUCUGUUUUCAGCACACAUUCUCUGUUACAUUUCAUUAGGUAAUUCUUGUUGGGGGCUCAGAACUGGCAAGAAAUAAAAUGAUAAAAAUGCUAAAA